UCCCCGUCACCUGUUCACCUUGCUUACCAGUAGCGUCGACACACACACGCACACGCACACACACACGUUGUCGAAGUGGUCAGCUGUGGUCUAGGCAUAUUGGGCCUCUAGAUGCAAUAUUUGUAAAACAGAGAUAGGCUACUUUGUUAAAUGGACACUAUCCCAUUCCAUCCCACAUUCAGAACAUUGUGGGCUAUUACUAGUUUGAAACCCGCUGACAUAUCAAGCAGAAAAGGUCCCCUUCAUAAUCGGAGUAUUGUCAUAACUACCCCAUAGAAUAAUGAUAAUGAUUAUUAUUAUGAACGACCCGAGUGUGACUUUAAGACCGAGUUUAGCGCUUCCCGGUUGGUGUGUAACCCGAGCCAAGGGUAGCGACAGCUGGAGGAGCGAGACGACGAGCCAUUCGGAAAUAACCUCUCGCUUUCUCUUUCUUUGAAUUUGUACUUCACUCAAAUCUGGAACUGUGCGUAAAGAGCAAUGAACUUUGCGAUGGCAAGGCACUCCUUUUGGACGUGUUUGAUUGCAACUGCAGGCCUACUCUGGGGUGUGACAAUACCAGUGAGUUGUAAUGAGGAGUCUAAGCUGAUUGGGGAUCUGUUCAGAGGCUACAACAAGAACAUCCGUCCAGCGGCGCACCCCACUGACAAGGUGGAGGUGCAGGUCAAGCUGAUCCUUACCAACCUCAUCUCCCUGAACGAAAAGGAAGAGACUCUCACGACUAAUGUCUGGAUUGAGAUCCAAUGGAAUGAUAUUCGCCUGGCCUGGAACACCUCUGAGUAUUUUGGCAUCGAGGUUAUCCGUGUGCCUUACAACACAGUGUGGCUUCCUGACAUUGUCCUUGAGAACAACAUUGAUGGCAAGUUUGACGUGGCCUACUAUGCCAAUGUGUUAAUCUACUCCAGUGGCUACAUGUACUGGCUGCCUCCAGCUAUCUACCGCAGCACAUGUGCCAUAGAAAUCACCUACUUCCCCUUUGACUACCAGAACUGCACUUUAGUCUUUAGGUCCCAGACUUACAGUGCAAAUGAGUUGGAAAUCAUGCUGGCUGUUGACACGGAGACUGAACAGCCCAUUGAGUGGGUGGACAUUGAUCCUGAGGCCUUCACUGAGAAUGGUGAGUGGGCCAUAAAGCACCGGCCAGCCAGGAAGCUGAUCAACUCACGCUACACUCCUGAUGACCUGGAGUACCAGGAGAUCUCCUUCAACCUGGUCAUCCAGAGGAAACCUCUGUUCUACAUCAUCAACAUCAUUCUGCCCUGCUCACUUAUCUCCUCCUUGGUCGUCCUGGCCUACUUCCUACCUGCACAGGCUGGGGGACAGAAGUUGACUGUGUCCAUCUCUGUCCUGCUGGCUCAGACUGUCUUCCUCUUUCUUAUUGCUCAGAAGGUCCCUGAGACAUCUCUCAAUGUCCCUCUCAUUGGCAAGUACCUGAUCUUUGUCAUGUCUGUGACAACACUCAUCGCCACCAACCAAAUCGUGGUGCUCAACAUCUCCCUCCGCAGUCCCAACACCCACACCAUGUCUCACACUAUCAAACACGUCUUCCUGGAGCUUGUCCCCCGAUUCCUGGGUAUGGACCCUCUGGUGGAUGAUGGAGAGGCGGAGGCGGAGGUGAAUGGAGUGAGGGAGCGACGGCGUAGCUCGUUCGGCCUGAUGCAGAGAGCGGAGGAGUAUGUGCUAAAACAACCACGCAGCGAGAUGAUGUUUGACAAACAGAGAGAGAGGCAUGGCCUCACACGAUCCGUUGUGGAUGGGAUUGAUGUGAGCACCACAGCCAGCCUGUACAAGAGCCUCGCCCAAGCUGCUCCUGAAAUCAAGGAAUGUGUGGAUGCUUGUAACUUUAUCACUGAGAGCACAAAGCAAGCAAAUGACAUUGGAUCAGAAAUGGAGAGCUGGGUAUUGAUUGGGAAGAUGAUUGACAAGGUUUGUUUCUGGGUGGCCAUGGCUCUCUUCUCCAUCGGAACGGUCGCUAUCUUCCUCACGGGACAUUUCAACUCUGUCCCAGAUUUUCCAUUCCCUGGGGAAAACAAACGAUACCUCCCCAGUUAGGGCGGCAGGGCCACCCUCCCUUAACCUGGUCACAGGUUAUAGGACACAUCAUCAUCGUCUUCAUAUCAUUGAGAGCUAAGAUUUAUUCACUUCUUUCUCUUACUUACUUAUUUGUCUUUUUAGCAGUAGAUGACUGAAAAUGGUAUCGUCUUGAUAUGAUGUAAUCCUUUUUGAUAAAUAUUUCAUACUGUGUUUUGAGUUUUAGCUGAACCAUUUCUUGUUAUGUGUGAUUUACAUGUGUGCAUUUUAUUUUUUGUGACAUGAAAGUGCCAAAAACCUCGAACAGUUAGUGGCAAAGCAGUUGUGAAAUUAAUUCAACAAGUCUGCUGUGGGCUUUUGUGGGCUUUGUUAUGUUAGAACAAAAUGAAAAAGUUAGAUCUCUGUUUUAGCCUUCAACCUUAUUCAUACCUUAGUCUUUACACACCACAUUAGGAGGACGCUGCAGAUCACCUAUACCCUGCGGAAUUCUUGUCUUUCUUGUAUCUCACUGUAUGGUGCACUCAGCACACAAAAGACAUGCUCUUUCCAUGAUAUAGACUGACCAGGUGAAUCCAGGUGAAAGCUAUGAUCCCUUAUUGAUGCCACUUGUUAAUCCACUUCAAUCAGUGUAGAUGAAGGGGAGGAGACAGGUUAAUGUAGUAUUUUUAAGCCUUGAGACAGUUGAGACACGGAUUGUGUGUGUGUACCAUUCAGAAGGUGAAUUUAAAAAAAUGUAAGUGACUUAUGGUAUGGUAAUAGGAGUAUGGUAAUAGGUGUCAGGCACAUUGGUUUGUGUCAAGAACUGCAACAGUGCUGGGUUUUAAAUGCUCAACGGUUUCCCAUGUGUAUCAAGAAAUCAAGAAUGGUUCACCACCCAAAGGACAUCCAGACAACUUGACAGAACUGUGGCAACCAUUGGAGUCAACAUGGGCCAGGAUCCCUGUGGAACGCUUUUAACACCUUGUAGAGUCCAUGCCCGGACGAAUUGAGGCGGUUCUGAGUGCAAAAGGGGGGGUGUUCAACUCAAUAUUAGGAAAGUGUUCCUAAUGUUUGGUAUACUCAGUGUAUAUGUGACACAGGUCUUUACUGAUGGAUACAAUGCAAUGUAAGAAGGCCACAUACUGUAAGAAUAUUUGAUUUAACUAGUUACUUUAAUUUACACACAGUACAUUUACAUGGUUAAGUGACUUGUUCUGUUUAAUAUCUAAGAAUGACACAAUGACACAGAGACUUAAUUAAAAGUUAGAAACAGAGGCCUUGCCUUCCUUUCUGUCCAAUUUGUGCCUCAUUUUUAAAAUGUUAUGUAAAUAUACCAUUUAUGUUUUUGUAUACAAUUACAAUCCUACACAAUUAACACCCCUGUGCUGCUAAUGUUAGCAUACACAAAUCAAAUCUAUGUAAUCAUCAUGAACAACAAUGCAUAUAAUAAUUUGUGUAUUUUUAAAUGUAUUUUUAUGUUUUAAUUUGAACCUUUAUUUAACUGAGCAUUCGAAUAGGCAUGUCAGUUAAGAACAAAUUCUUAUAUACAAUGACGGCCUACACCGGCCAAACCCAGACAACGCUGGGCCAAUUGUGUGCCACUUUAUGGGACUCCCAAUCACGGCCGGUUGUGAUACAGCAUGGUUUAACAUUAUGGACAUUGAAUAUAUUGAGUUUUAGUAUUAAGAGGAUGUGUUGGAUGGUACAUAGAGUCAGUACAAACUUUUGAGAUUCAAACCAUUACUUAAAAGUACUGUGUUGUACUUGUUUUAGACAACAACAAAUACUGUAUAAUGAGUGUUAUUAGUAUUUUAUGUUAUUAAUACUGUAAUAAUUAAAUCUAAUAAAUGUUUUAUCGAAA